UAUGGAACAGGCGGGAGGAAGAGGAACAGCCCGGCUAAAACGCUUUCUAAAUGUGCUUUAGAGGUCUAACAUAGCCUUUGCCACUCAGACAUUUAGUUAUCGACGUCUGUUUUGGCUGCCAAGAUUCGUCGAAGCGUUGUCUCCGCUGGAUUCUUUUUAUAAAAGAGCGUAAACUAGCCGACGGACAAAGAUGAGCCUGGUCCUUUCUCAACAACAGGCUGAGGGGCUUCCAGCAGUGGCCCAAACAGCAGCAGAGAGUGAUUCAGACAGCGGGGUGGGCUCUCCAGCAGAGGAGAUGGUUACAGAGACCACCAACAAUAGAGAGCAGCUUCCAGAUUCAGAUGAUGAUGUAGACAUCACAGCUCACAGAAAGCCCCGUCGUAAUGCCAUUAGAGACAGUGACAGUGAGGAGGAGGCAGCUGCAGACAACAGUGUCCACAUGGCGGAAGCGUUGGCAUUAUCCGCAUCCAGCGGAGAGGAGAUGGAGACAGGAGAGGCAGAUGAGAGGAGAGAGAAAGACGCACAGAAGAGCAGGAGAAUAAGCCGUGCACCCAUUGACAGUGAAGACAGUGACCCUGAAAAAGGGAAAUGUGAAGAAAUGGAGGAGCAACAUGAUGAGGCGAAGAGGGAAGUGAAAUCAAAGGAACGGAAGAAGAGAGAGAAGAGCCAGAGGCAUCGGGAGAAAAAGGAGAAACAUAGCAAAGCAGUGAAAAAACUGAAGAAGAAAGAGAGAUUCUCUGAAGCAAGUGACGACACACCUCUCCCUCGGGCUCUGAAUGACAGUGGGUGUCCACUGGGCGACACAGACCUGUUUGACACUGGUCUGGAUGAGGAGGAGGAUGAAGAGUCCCUGGAUGCCAUCCGAGCUGCUGUCAAACACAAGAUGAAAAAACAUAAGGAUCCUCUCCUGAAUGAAGACGAAGAAGAUGAUGAAGAGGCACCAGAGAAACCCCAACGUGUGGAGAGGAAAGCUGCACGUGCCAGCAAGGAGGCAAUGAAACAGCUCCACAGUGAAUCUCAGCGGCUGGUCAGAGAGUCCACACUUGGCCUGCCGUACCACAUGCCUGAGCCCAAGACCAUUGACCAGUUCUAUAAGAAGAAAGCCAGGCCAGAAGGCCCCGCCAUGGCAUUGCUCAAAUCUACAAAGUAUGCAGCUAUGAUGUUGGAGACACCAUCAGCUCCUCCUCCACCUCCUGUGAACCCAUCCUGCGAGCCCGAACAGCCAUCCGCAAAGCAGGACUCUUCUCCUUCUCUGGAUCUCUCCUGUACUCAGAUCCAGCCCAUACCUUAUCCUGCUGCCACCUCGUCCCCGCAACAGGAGAGCCCCAGCCAGGCCAGAGAAGCAACUGCGAGCCCAGAUCCCUGCCAGGAAUCUGGCCCGGUCCUUUACCUCUCUGAGACUCUGCAGGAGUCAGGCUCAACAGAUGGAAUAAUGAAAGCUGCUUCUGAGUUGGGCGAAGAAACCUCUGAUGCCCCUGUAGAACAAAGCCAGACUGUAGUAAAGUCUGACACUGAAGCUCCGCAAAAAGAGCCUGCAUCAGGGGAUUUGGUGGAGCUUGUAGCUGCUCAGUGUGGGAGCACCGAUUCAGCUGCAGCAGAGCCUUCAAUUCAGCAACCCAGCAAGCCCAAGAAGGACAAAUUGGCCAGACUGAAGGAGCUUGGACUGGACCCCCCACCUGUUGCUAAAUUGUGUCCUGAUAAUGGAGCCUUUGUUGAGCUCGAGCCUCCACAGCUCAACCCUGGUGUUGUGGCCCUAAGGGCGCGCUACCUUCGUCAUGUCCAGGCCCCUGCAAGGCCCCAGGGAGAGCGCACGAUGCAGCUCAGCAUCAUACGCAAAGACAGCACCCCGUCUGGCCAAGAAGAGUUGCACACUGAGUCAGUCACUGUCACUGUUAAGGAGGGAGCAGAUGAGCCAGUGCCCAAAAUACCCGGAGAGAAGCUGCUGACUCUGAAGCAGCGUCUCCAGCUUGCCAUGGCCCAACGGAGAAAGGAGGAGCGAGCGCGUAAGGCUGAGCUGAAUCGCCUUGACAAUGAAGACUGUGGAGAGGAAGAAGAGGAGGAGGAAGAGCUGACAGAUGAGUCAGAGGAAGAAGAGGGUGUAGACGACUUACUGGGAGGUGAUGAUGGAGGGGAGGAAGAGGAGGAGGGCAGUGUAACUCAGAGCAUCAGGAGCCCUUCUCCUGUGGCACUGACUGGACCCUCGCCGAUUCCUGACCUUGUUAACACAGAUGGCACACUCAUGCUAUUCCCUGGCAACUCCUGCUUUCGCACUGGUGAUGGCGUAAGGAGGUCUGGUCCUUCUGGGCAGGACAGCAGUAGUAAGAUGGAGGAGGAUGACUCUCUGUCCCUGGCCAAGGACAACAGCCACAACAGCAGCUUUGAGCUUGCAGGAUCCAUGAUUACUUCUUACCAGCCUGUCAAUCAUCAGCGCUCCACAGGAAGAGGUGUCUCCAACUCCUCCAUUUUCCGCUCCCCUUCUCCCUGCCUCUUCAGACCCAGCUUACUCAGCUCUUGCUCUAAGAGUUCAGGCAAACUCUCUGAGCCUUCUCUCUGCCUCCCUGUUGAGGACUCCCAAGACCUCUACGCACCUCCAUCCCCAGGUGCUGAUUCGGGGCCCCUGGGUGGAGCAGCUUCUGGUCCUGUCCUGGGAGGUGACUCCCAAGGUCGAUUUUCCCUGGAGGACGACACCCACUCACAGUUACUUGAUGCAGACGGCUUCCUUAACGUGGGGCCUCGCCCCGGUGCUCCUCGCUCCCACAAGAGACAGCUGAUCCUGGACAGCUUGGAUGAAAAUGCAAUGGAUGCCAACAUGGGGGAGCUGUUAGGGCUGUGCUCAGGUGUGUUUGGGGCGGCAGAGAGUGGCUCCAGUAGGGGCGGAGGCCUCGGAUCAACACAGGAGGAUGAGCUGCUUGGGUUGUGCUCUGGAGCAUUUCCACCAACACAGGCAGGAGAGGAGCAGACGGAAACAGACAAGAGUAAAGAGGGAGGACAUGAUGAAGAAUCUGACAGCACCAUGGAUCAGCUGCUGGGGCUGUGCUCAGGAAAAUUCCCUAGUCCAGGUUCUGCUCACACAGCUUCACCAGCACAAGACAGUAAAAAGAAGAUAGAGGAGGAGGAGGAGCAGCAGGAGGAAGAGGACUGCGAGUUCCGGCUUCUGUCAGAUGUAGACAGUGAAAAGGAGGAGAAUGACGAGGAUGGUGGAGAAGAUGAGGAUGAGGAUGGAGAGGAGGAGGCAGAUGCUGGUGAGGAAGGGUACAGUGAUGUAGAAGAGGAAGAGAUGCAGGGUGUGUUUGGUGCCCACCGCGUCAAGAAAAAGAAGAAAAUGCAUUUGGCUGACUACGUGGACUCAGAGGCUGAGCUGUCGGGCAGUGACUUGGGGAGCGACGAUGAGGAUGGUGACAGAGGGAGCGAAUACGAGGAAGAGGAGCUUCUUGAAGACCUUCCCUCUGAUGAAGAGCUGCACGAACAGGUCAACAAGAUCCACAUGAAGCACAUACUGGAUGAUGACAAGCGACGUCUGAGGCUCUACCAGGAGCGCUACCUGGCUGAUGGCGACCUGCACUCUGAUGGCCCGGGACGAGCUCGGCGCUUCCGCUGGAAAAACAUUGACGAUGGUUUCAACAUGGACAGGAUGGGAGCAGAGGGGGAGGACGAGGGGGAGGAAGAUGAAGACAUCGACCAGAGUGAGGUCCAGAGGAGGAAAGAAAGACUGGAGAGAGAACAGUGGCUCAGAGAACAAUCUGAAGAGAAAACCAAGAAAGGGGAAGAUUUGGAUGCAGACGAUGAGAGGAUCGGAGAGGAAGACAGUCACUUUAUGAAGCUGGCCAAGAAACUGACUGCCAAGACUCUGCAGAGAAAAGAGCUCCCUGUGGCACCGCAAACAGAAAAGAAGACCCCAUCGGCUCUGAAUCCCUUCCAGAGGCCCUCACAGCCCUUACAGGUGAGGAGAGGUUCGCUACUGAGUCAACCUCACUCCGUCCUCCAGAAACUGGCUUCGAUCUCAGAGGGGAAUCCUCUGGCGCCCAGGAACAGCCGUGGAUUCCUGUUUCAAACGCUCUCACCUGAGAAGGACAACACGACCUCAAACGCUCCUCAGAAACAGAUGAUGAAGAAGAGGGGUCAGGCCGAGGCUGUGAACCCAGCAGCAAAGAGGGUCUGCAGGGAGAACAAACCUGCUGGACAGACUAAAGGCCCCCAGAGGAGCAUCUUCAGCUUCCUGGACCAGUGAGGACGCCAAACACUAAGUGAACGAUAAUCAUCAGCCGACUGGUAAGGGCCAGAACCUAUGAGCCACAUCCAGUGUUUCCUCAGAGACUUGAAAAAUGAUGGAGGUGACAAAAUUGUGUCUGACCACAGGCCACGGUAUCUGGUUAGACGUCUUUGCAUCCGUCUGUCUUAAAGCACAUAAAUACAAAUGGUCAUGUGUGUGUGAUUACGUGUUUACAUUGCCUUAAAAUGGCAAACUAGAGAACGCCAGUGAAGCAUCUUUUGAUGUUUUACUUGGUGAAGUUUGUCUUACACACACUUACCUCAGUUUUGAAUCCGUUACGCCGUCAGCAGCACUCCUCUGCGAAAUCUUACUCGAUUUAAUUUGGACAGCUUUAUGUUUGUCCAUUUAAAAUGUUUUAUUAUGUACAUAGGAUUGAUUUGGUUUUUAAUGGUUAGAGAUUUUUUUUUAUGAGGAUUUAAGUGUAUUUGUUUUAC